AUGCAAUUUACUUCUCAAUUACCAAAAGUCUUUCUUAGUGAAGUAGUUCCUUAUUUAAAGUCAUUAGAGAACGUUUAUACAUUUACUUUAGUGAAUAAGAAAUGUAAAUCAGCAGUUGAAAGUUUAAGAUAUAAUCCUGGGUUUUGUGGAUGUGGUGAAAUAACGAGUGCAGAAGAACAGUCAAUUUUUAUUAAAGAAGUUCAAUUAUUUCCGAGACUUUUAGCAAUCAAAGUUUCAAAAUUUUCAUCAUUUUUAUUGCAUUAUAAUCCACAACAUAUUCAACAAAUUAUAUUUUUAACUGAAAUAGACUCUACUCAACUACAAUUCAUUGGAAAUUUAAAAGAAAAAAUUACAGUAUUAUCUCUCUUUAUUUAUGAUGACUUUAUUGACUUCUCUCAAUUCAAAAAUCUUCAAAGAAUAUCAUUACGUGUUCACUUAAGUCAUUCAAGUCUUGUAGAAUUCUUUCCUAAUACUUAUCAACAUCUUCAAUUUGUUUUAGUGAAUUUUCAAUAUUACGUUGAUGAAGAAUUUAUUAAUUCACUUCCAUUGUAUUUAUUUGAUAAAAUAGUUCUUGAAUUUGACACUAAAAAUCGACUUGAAUAUAUUAUUUCAUCUAUCCCAUUUAUUUUUUCAAGAAGUACGAUUGUUUACAAAGGAUAUUACACUGGAAUAGAUGAAAGAGUUAUUAUCAGGAAUAAAAUGUGGGAACUUAGUCAAGAAGAUAUUUAUCAACUGGAAUAUCUUCCUGAAGAAAUUAUUAAUUAUCAUUGGUUUGGAGAAAAUCAUGAAGAGUAUAUUAAUGGAACUCAGUUAAAUGGAUUUUAUAAAGCAUUAAAAAAUUAUCUUCCAUAUUUUUUGGUAAAUGGAAGUGGAAAUAUUCAAAAAUUACAAUGUCUAACAAAUGUUAAAGGGUUUACACCUAUUCAAUUGCCACAAAGUAUAACUUCUUUAGACAUUACUAUUAAUAUUCCACAACAAUUUGGUUUAGAUGAAUUUAGUUCUCUAAAAGUAUUACGCAUUACGUUUCAAAAUGCUAAUCAAAAUUCUUUCAUUCCCAAACAAGUUGUUUCUUACGAACAAAUUGGUGGAAUGGUUCAAUUAAAUAGUUUUGUUGAUGUCAAAUUGAUGAAAUUACAAAAUGUAUCAUCAAUUUCACUUGAUAAUCAUUGUUAUAAAUUAACUCAUUUAGAAGUUAUUAAUUCUACUUUUAUUAGUCCAUUGUCAACAACGUCUUCAUUAAAAAAACUUGUAUUAAAAAAAACACAUUAUCAAUAUGAUCGUUCAAUUUUUUAUCCAACAACGUUAACAUUUCUCAGUUGUGAUUUUAAUGAAUACUAUCACUUACCAUUACUCCAUUCUCUUCUUCUUAGAUUCAAUAAAAACAAUGGUUAUUAUGUAGAUAUUUCUCAACAAUCAUCAUUACAAUCAUUAACACUUGAAGAAUGUAUUAAAUCAACUGUUCUUUUUCCUCUAAGCCUCUCUUCUAUUACAUUAGAUAAUUGUUUUUUGGAACAAAGUAUAACAAUGUCCCACUUAUUAAAUUUACAGGAGAUAACAAUAUCAUCUCAAAAUUUAUCAAUUCAACUUCCAACUUCUGUAAGAAAAUUAAUUCUGGACUGUUCUUUGAAUAUUUCUAUUCCAAAUAUUCAUUGUCUUACUCUUUUGUCUACUUUCGUUUUAAACAAGUGCUAUUUUAAUUUUUACCAAUUACCAAAGUCAAUCUGCCAUCUUUAUAUUGAUAAUUCAAUGAAU